AUGACGGCCUUGUCGCUCGCCGCUCGCCGCUCGCCUCUCGCCUCUCGCACGGUGCGGUGCGGUGCGCGUGCUGCGUGUGCGUGCUGCGUGUGGAGUGCGGAGUGCGGAGUUGCGCCUAACCCGAUUAACGCAACGGUAGCUAAAGAGCUUAACCAGGCAAUGCGCGUGGGGCUUCAUCGAGUCCGUAUUAGAGAGCAAAAGGGGAAGAAUCGAAGAACUGCGGGAUUCACACACAUUGUCAGCAUAGCCCGAAAAGCGCCCCAACAAGUCGCUGAAUCGUCGCUGAAUCCGAACGGCAGAGACGCCUUAAAGGCAGAGCUCUGCAAACUUGAAAAGCUGUUAUGUUCCAUUCAAGAGUGA